UCAGCGACACUGCAUAUGAGGGGCACAGACGGACAAAUGUGCAAACGGCACGCUCAGCGCAGGGCAAUCCGCUUCUCUGUCCUGUUGCCGUACCGCAUGAUGGUACGUAUGCCUGUUGUCCAUUCAGGUCGACAAAGUAGUGGUUUGGCCCCUCUGUGGUAGUACUUACGCCCAUACCCGAGUACAGGCCCAUAAGUACGUCAAGCAGCCCCUUCAUGGUCUCCUGUUCCUCGCUCUUGGGUGGCGCGACGCCAAUGCAAGUCAACACCGCCGACAGAUGAGGCUCCACUUUGAGACCGCCAGGACAUUGCAGAUAGACUUUGGUGCCUGUGACCACGGGCCGAUGAGCGACGCGGAAUGUCAUGUGUUUGGUGCUUUCGAUCUCGUCCAUUGGACAGAUCCCUGGUAGAGACGCAGACGACCCAGCCAGUGGCGUGAGCUAAUGUGUGUUGACCUGUCUUUUACCUUUGCACACUGGGAAUUUGCCUCGAAAUGUUCCGGUGUCUCCCGAGCACGAUAUCUUUUUGUCACCUACAAGCGCUGUAUUGUUCGGACACUCGAACUGAAUCUCAUCCCCUGGCUCGAAGAAGGGGUCUGAAAAGAUGAGGCGAGGGAUGCUCUCGCCCACGCUGACGUAAGGGUACUCAGGCAUGCGACACGGCUUCUGGACAACUGCAGAUAAGAUAGAGGGCCGAACAUGGACGAGGGAGGCAUGUAUCACAAGAAAUAUAAACUACUGGCGCCUCGCAGGCUUACUUAUGCAUGACGGGACCUCUUUUUGUGUGGGAUAGAACUGCCACCGGCCAUCCUCACGGCAGAGCGUCCGAUCCGGUGCACCUACAUACACGACAAAUGGCACGGAUGUAUGCUAUGUAAUCUGUGGUCCUAUCACCUUUCGGCCAUGAGGUGCCUGGCGCUGUACAUCGGAAUGUUGCCUGCGACCCUGAUGUGAUGCCGUCGUAGUCGACCGUGCCAUUGACGGGGACAGGAGGUGGGCCGCAACUGACUGCAUAUACAUAUGAUGAGCAGGAGCAGAAACACAACAAAGGAGGAGAAUAUCAAUCAAGACAGCCAUCGAUCGACUGCUCCAGUGUCUCGAUCGAUUUUUGUCACCUGUCCUCAGGAGCGUGAAGGGAUCUCCUGGCUUCUCGUGAAAGGUCUUUCCAAUGCGCUGUAUAUCGUCAUCGGUGAGCGCACGCUGGUACAUGAGAAUUGUCCGGAUUCUGGUCUCCCGCAAGCAGUGUGCCGCCUGGCUGCCCUCGAGCAUGUGUGUCUCAGGUCUGUUGUCGUCACUCGAGGCUGCGGGAGGCUUGACGCGACACCCAAGAUCCAGAAAGCCACGCUCAACGGCCGUCGGGUUUACCCAGUCUGAAUCUUUGGGCCUUGUGAGCAACAACUUCCCGUUUCUGUCAAGCAGGGAGAAACAAGUGGGCAAACGUGGAGGGAUGGACGACGGAUGACGCUAUCGCCUGCUCACUUGAAUAUCUGCGUUUUGAAGUCGCGUCGUCGGAUGGCCCAUACCUCCCACUCAUUUAGAAUGGGUUGAUUUGUGGCCUCGUGGCGGACCAUUCCAAGCCGGGGGAGUUCCUUUGGUGGCGGUCCACCCACUGUGUCAUACCCCAUAGUCUCGAGCAGAGCCUGCUCAGGGUUAUCAGCCGCCUCUUGUAGCGAAACGACAUUUGCGAAACUCUCGGCUGCGAGUGCUGGGUUGGGGGAGCCCUGCGCGAUCUCCAACCGGCCACUAAGGAAGGUGCACAAAGCAGAGCAGACGACAAGCAGCGGUUCUUUCGACAAUUGUGUGUGCACCCAUUUAUGAGCCUACAUACAUUGGGCUUUCGGGCUCUACGGUGAGCUGAAUCUCCCAGUUUGCUUUGAAUUCACCUCCAGUCCAGCUCAGCAGGACUUGCGUGAGAUGUGGUGCCGAUGCAACAGCCUCUUCGUCUUCUUCUCCAGGCUGUGUCGCGUUCAUCCGCGGCGGCCACUUCACAUGGAGAAUGAUAGUUAUAUCGCCUCUCGCAAACAAACGGUAGAGCAAAUGGCUUGUCAUCCAUGAAUCCUCUUUGAAAUAUAUGGAGUUGGUCGAUCUGAGCAGACGGACGGAGCCAUGCAGUGCAGUGUUCGGACUUUGUUUGAAUGUGUGGACUCUCUUUUGGCCUUCUUUGCUUGCCUAUCGUAGAAGGGCGCAUUUUUAGAGUACGGCUGACUGAAGUCGCCAAACCAUCUCCUGCAAUCUGAUCCCCUCAAGUCGCUCCAAGAAGUGACUCGCUCGCCAAAGGGCCACUUGGCGGUUGAGACGGAAAAAUGAUACGCUGAGUAAGCGCCAACCAGCCCCUCGCAUGGAAUUGUCAGGUGCUGGGGGCAUAAAUCGCCUAUGGCGCGGUCAACGGAAGAAGGGAGAGGCAAAAGACGUGUUUGACAGCAAGACACGAAGUGAGCAGCAGCGUGAGAGACCUACUCUUGGGUGCAAUCCAAUCGAAUUGCCCAAUUGCCUGCAGCAGGCGAUACCCAUCAGUCAAAGCAGCUGCCUGCUUUCCGCCCUCGUUUUUUGUCAUCUCACCAGCCACGACACCGAUUCUCUUGUAUGCCACAUUUCCCUACAUCCACGCAAAACAAGAGGAAAAGACAUCUUGGCGGAAAGUCUUUCUCUUCUAUAUCCAAGCGUAUAUUGCCAUCUACCGAUCACUGCAUCUUUCUUCUUGAACGAAGAUCCUGUGUGUCAGAAAACGAGAAGCACAUGUCAAUCAAUAUGGACUUCUCUGGAGUUGUGCAUAUUCACUGACCGAGCAUAAUCACUGCCUCUGUUCUUGAUGCGGAGCUCUGGUGGUCACAAGAAGGUAACAAGGAAAACGGAUGCCUCAGGAUGUAUGCCUCAGUCGUACAGAGGGAGGACAUGACUUAAAUUGUCUGCUUACGGCAUGCAUCUCCUCCUCUGAAUGUUAUGAUGCUCAUGAAGACCCUGUUGUUAGCGAUGUUGCCACCAUAUGAAAUCCGGUACAGCCUGUGGUUCACACGGACGCCCUGCCAGACAGAGCGAGACAUAUAGAUAUUUAGAUACGCGUCGCUCCUACUGACACUGUCUUUGCAGGGCACGUACCGUGUAUCCUCCAUUUAUGGGCACGCUGUCUGUGGGCGUAAGCAGCUGCGAUUUGAUGGGCUGGGAGAAAGCUACCCAGCCAAGAACUGGACGAGAGCGCGAGAAGCUACUUGCAAAUGCAAUGCAGUUCUUGCCCUUUCCUUUUCCUGCCUUCAUUGAACUCGCGCAUAUCACGACGGUCUCUAAACCCGGAACCCAUGGUCUCGAGAGCGACCUGACAAAUAAAUGAGGCGGGAAAGAAGACAAGUAAUGAAUCCACACUGUCCGUCCGACGCCAAGGCCGCAUUCAAAUUACAGACAUGGAAGCCUCUUGUGCCGAUGCGAUGCUUCUCGCUGACGCGAGGGUGCACGAAACGUCGACCGCUAUUAUCUGUUUGGACCUGCAAUUAGACAAGAGGCACAGGACGAAGAGGCAUGAUGGAUCCACUAGAUUUUGGCCUGACUGACUUGCACGACAACGAUUGGCGGCUCAGUGAAUGCUGCUUCAAUGGGAAAUGUCACAUACGUCCACUUCCGAUUGCCCGCAAGCACCUUUCCAGCUUGAUCAACCACAGAGAGAAAGCCAAAGAGAGAGCUGUCUUAUCGAUCCUGUCUUAUGUUUGUCAGUUCUACCUGCAACUGUUAUUCCCUCGGGGAGAGUCGGCAUUGUUGUGGCAAGGUGUCUGUGCACGCCACUCUCAACGACCUGGCAAAACGGAAAACGGUAGAGUGCAGAAGCAGAAGCAAGCUCUGUGAGUGAUUCCAUGCUCGAGCAAGCCUCUCACCAGCCAGUCGAUCGGCGUUCGGAUGUGCCACUGGUCCCUGGAAACACACGAAGGAAGCGUGAGGAAGACACGCGCUACAGCCCAGAUGAGACAACCGUAUUCGUGCAACGUCGACGCACCUGCAGGGGAAUGGCUCGUCCAAUCUCAUCUCGAAAGCGCCUGGAUAGGACGGCAGACACAUAUGUUGAGAGUGACUGCAACUCACAUGGCUCACCUGAUCUGACGUUCUGCAAUCGGACAACGGCCUCUUGGCCUCCACGCAUGUCGGGGACACCUCCAAUAACGACCUUCCAAAUACAGAGGAAAGACACUUCAAAACACCGCCAUGUGUCGUCGGAUCAUUCGUGUGCCUACCGGAUCACUAAAGUAGCUGUUGGUCUUGACCGUCAGCCAAUUUCUGGUAUGUGUCACCAUUCUGCCGACCUCUAUCGGAAACUGAACACCGGAUGCUGCAUGCAUGACCGUGGAGACACAUACGCACAGAGCCUUCACUCAUUGCUAUGUCAGCUUUAGUACCGUCCCAACAGGCGGUCCUCGUGGGCUUCCAUUUCUCAAGCUCCUUGAAGGCGUAAGGGGCCUCGGUGCGCGCACGAACCUCAGGCGGAAGGAUCUCGAGCUUGACGCUGACUCGCCCGCUAGGAAGCUUGUCAUUGGGCUGGACCACCAGGCCAUCAGGGGUCACCUUGAACUGAGCAAGCGACGGACAGACAGAUACACAAUGACCGAGUGAAUGGAUGAACGAAUAACGUCGUGAAAGAUGCGAUCAAGACCAGUCUUGACUUAUGCACUCGCUUGUUGUGUACCUACCUCGGCUGGCGGCCUCAGCACGUACGUGUCUCCAGUCUCAAUAUCGGUCAAGAGAAUGCCCGUGAUAUGUUCUGGCGGAAUGUCCUUCAGGUGGGCGGGCAGCGGAAGUGUCACGGCAGUGUACUUGCUGAGGAGGUGGUCGCCCAUAUCUGAAUAAUUCAUUCGCAGGCAGAUUGACGAUUGAGUGAAUGUGGUCACGACACAUGUGGAUUGAUCGAAUAUGGCCUUGUAUGUGUACCUUCUUCCCUCGGGCCUUGUGGCGGCGGCUGCGUGCCUGCCUCUGCAGUUUUGGGAGGCUUCACCUCCACCUUGACGUCGUAGUCUCCGCUUGGGACCUUGUCAUUUGGCUUGAUGACGAUUUUUCCAUCUUCGGUCACCUCCACCUGCACGCCGGGCCAACGUGUGUGUGACACUGCGUGUCGAUAUGUCUUGCUGCUUUCUGUUUCUUGUUCCUCCAUACUUCAUCAGGCGGUGUCAGUGUUAUCUUGUUGCCUUGAUCGUCCUCCAAGGUCACCCCCGUGAAGUCCUCUGGCGGCCUGCCAGUGAGCUCUGGCGGCAAGGGCACUUCAGCGGGCUUUGUGUUGUCCACCGGGUGGCGGCCAAGGUCUUCCUCGCUGGGAGGUGGCGCUGCCGGCGGCGGCUGUGCGCCUGCCUCUGUGGGCUUGGGAGGUUUCACCCCCAUUUUGACGUCGUAGUCUCCGCUUGGGACCUUGUCAUUUGCCUUGAUGACGAUUUUUCCAUCUUCGGUCACCUCCACCUGCACGCCGGGCCAACGUGUGUGUGACACUGCGUGUCGAUAUGUCUUGCUGCUUUCUGUUUCUUGUUCCUCCAUACUUCAUCAGGCGGUGUCAGUGUUAUCUUGUUGCCUUGAUCGUCCUCCAAAGUCACCCCCGUGAAGUCCUCUGGCGGCCUGCCAGUGAGCUCUGGCGGCAAGGGCACUUCAGCGGGCUUUGUGUUGUCCACCGGGUGACGGCCGAGGUCUUCUUCUUUAGGAGGUGGCGCUGCUGGCUUUGGCCUCAGACCGACCUUUACAUCGUAAUCGCCCUUCGGCACAUUGUCGUUCGGUUUUAUCAAGACCUCUCCUUCGUCCGUCACCUCAAACUGCAUGUAUGCAGUUACACAUAGAUACACAUGCACGGCCAGGAAGAGAAAAUGUUUUGGGAUCGACUUGCUCUGUUACUUUGCGGCUUACGUCGUCAGGGGACAGCGUUAUCUUGUUGCCGUCUUUGUCCUCGAGCGUCACCUCGGUCACGUCUUCUGGUCUGGUGUCCUUCAGCUCAGGUGGCAGUGGGACUUUUGAUGGCUUGUCGGCCUCCAAGGGAUGCUUCCCGAGACCUGUAAGCAGGAGACCGAUAGGCGGACAGACAGACGCACCGAACAAAGGCAUCCGUCAGUCAAUCCCUGGCCUGUCUGUGCACACCAUACAUCGGAGCCGGCUUGCUUACUCUCUUCUCUUGGUGGUCCUCGCGCGGCCUCCUCCGGCGGCUUGACCUCGACGGCCACAUCAUAGUCUCCUCCAGGCAGACGGUCGUUGGGCUGGCUGAUCACCAGCUGCCCCUCGUCAUUGACCGUGAACUCAUCGGGCGGCCGCAGGACGGUUGUCUGGCCCGUUUCUUUGUCUGUCAUGACGACGCCCGUCACGUCUUCCUUCGAUUUGGCCUUCAAGUUGGGCGGGAGCUCGAUGUUUGUCGGCUUGUCGUCAGCUAUCUUCUUCUCUCCCAGAUCUGCACCACCACCGCACACAACCGCCGUGCUGUGGUUGUGUGCGUGGGAUUCAUUGCAGCGCCUGGGUUAGCUUGCUGUUGGUUGGCUUGCCUUGUGUUAUCGGUGGCUGUGUGGUCGUCUCUGGCUGUGGCGCUCUCGUGGGCGGCGGCUGUGUGGUCGUCACGAGCACCCAGUCCCGCAGGUCAUAGGGCCGCAUCUCGUGGCUCUCCGCCUCCGUUUCCACAAACGACACUGCAUGAUCGAGAGGAGAAAUCACACAAUUGAAGGGCGGCGACAAUCCUCAUUCCUCGCCCCGGAGGUACCUUCGCCAUGGCUAUGGAACGGCGCAGGGUGUGCUGGUGCCUGAGGGAACAUACAGAAGCGCAUCGUGCGGCCGUGCGCCAAUGGAUCUCCUCCCAUUUACCCUGUUGCCGGCGAAGAAAGACCACCAGGAAGCAUCGACGCUUCCGACGCACAGGAAUGUGAGGAUUGUUGCUGCGAUGAGCGAGGGGCGCCAACGCGCAUUGCAAAAACUCUCCAU